UGCGAAGCGUUUGUUUUGUGUUCUGCACCGUUUAGUUUAGCUUGGUUCAUCGUUUUGCGAAGAGGGAGUUCUGUGAUGCUUGGUGUCUAGAAUCGGUGCAUGAUGUAAUGCACCGUUGCACAAUUCAGUAAUGCUUUAUGAAUGUUUAAUUACUGCAUCGAAUUUUCUGUUUAUGCGAAGACAUGGCUACGGUACUGAAUGAGGAAUUGGUACGGAAUAUAACAACAAAUGUGACUGUCCCGCUUGUUUUUCGUAAUUUUGUUACUAACUGGUCGUUAAGCCAGUGGAAUUUGGAGAAGUGGUCCACCGUCUUCGGUGAUAGAGAAAUACCAUUUAGAUGUAUGCGGAAAGAUUUUAUAUCUGAUGAGCCCUGUUGGGAGCGAAAAUGUAAGGUUAAAAAACUGACAUUCAAGAAUUUUAUCAACAACUUGGCUGCUAGUAAAGAGUGGAUGUAUUUUGAUUACAAAUAUCUGCAUCAAUGGUUCGAUGCUGACAGUGAAUUGUGUAAGGAGUUAUCAUGGAAACAGUUUGGGUAUGACAAGGGAGCUGCCGAUACAACUCUCUGGGUGGGCAGUGAGGGUUCACACACUCCUGCACACCAGGAUACUUAUGGAUACAACAUAAUUGCUCAAGUGCAUGGAAAAAAGCGGUGGAUUCUAUUUCCACCUGAGACAGGAGGCCUAAAACCAACCAGGGUUCCCUAUGAAGAAUCCAGUGUGUACAGUGAAUUGAACUUCUUUUGUCCUCACAGUUUGGAUGUUUUUAAUGGUUUAACCGGAGGCAGAAUGGUUGAGCUCUCUGCAGGGGAUGCUCUCCUAGUGCCACGGGGGUGGUGGCAUUAUGUGCAGAACAUUGACCCAGUGAACAUUACCCUAAAUAUGUGGCUGCCACAUGAAAAAGAUCCCUCGGCGCAUGUAUCAGAAGCACUCAUUAAAAUAUUUAUUGCCCAAAUGUGCAAAGAUUUGCCUUUGGAAACUGCUAAAAUGCUGGUUAAUCCUAAUGAGGAUGACAUUGUAGACACGCCACUUGCAGUAUUAUUCCUGCAGUUGGAAACAGUAGCCAAUACGUAUAUGGAUAAGAAGAGACGAGUGCGUCGUGUCAAGAGACAAAAGACACGCGAUGACGACAGUCCGCUGCCGGACUUAGAAGAAUUUGAUCUCAAGAGCUUAGUCGAUAAUCCAGAGAAUAAUAUGGAAAUAGCACCCACCGUAACGAGUGCAGAUCUCAUGAAUGUACUGAAGGAUAAUCUUAGUAAAUACGCGAAUACUGAGAGAGCGUUAGACGACGAAGAAUUGGACGGUGCUACGAGCAGCCUUUGUUUGACAAAGGCGGUCAUCGACGCCUUUAGUCAGAAUGACGUCAUCGAUCUCGUUAAGCAUAAUUUACUAGCUCGUUUAAGUUAAACCUUUCCCCGUAUACAUGCUCAAAGAGCUAUUUUAUUAAUUUAUAAGUACAGUUUUGAUUUAUAUUACAAUAUAUUAAUUCGUAAGGAAUAAUGAUACAUAUUAUUAUGUAUUUUAAAGAAUUUUUUAGACUAAGUGAAAAUUAUGAGGGCGGUAUUGCAAUAAAUGUAAUUUAUGUGAUGA